AUGAGUUUCCACAAAGAGGACGGAGUAAGCAGCCUGUGCCAGAAGGCGCUGCACAUCGUCACCGAGCUGUGCUUCGCAGGCCAGGUGGAGUGGGAGAAGUGCUCGGGCAUCUUUCCCCCUGACAGGGGCAGCCAGAGCGGAGGCAGCACAGAUAUUUCAGUCAGCCUGUUAGCAGUUGUCGUCAGCUUCUGUGGCCUGGCCUUGCUAGUUGUCUCACUUUUUGUCUUCUGGAAGUUGUGCUGGCCAUGCUGGAAAAGCAAACCUGUGACCCCCAAUGUCAGUACCCUUCCACAGAGCAUUUCAAAUGCUCCUACUGAAGUUUUUGAGACAGAAGAGAAAAAAGAGGUUAAAGAAAAUGGAAAGCCAGCACUAAAAGCUAUUGAGCCUGCAAUAAAAAUCAGCCACACUUCCCCUGAUAUCCCAGCAGAAGUCCAAACUGCUUUAAAAGAACAUUUAAUUAAACAUGCACGUGUGCAAAGACAAACUACUGAGCCUACGUCUUCAUCCCGCCACAAUUCCUUCAGGAGACAUCUACCAAGGCAAAUGCAAGUGUCCAGUGUUGAUUACAGUAUGGGCACUGAACCUGUUUUACAAAGAGGAGAAACAACCACCAGCAUUGGGAGGAUAAAACCAGAGCUGUACAAACAGAAGUCAGUUGACUCCGAGGGCAACAGAAAAGAAGAUGUCAAAACCUGUGGGAAACUUAACUUUACCCUGCAGUAUGAUUAUGAAAAUGAACUUCUAGUUGUCAAAAUUAUCAAAGCCCUAGAUCUUCCUGCUAAAGACUUCACAGGAACAUCUGACCCUUAUGUGAAGAUGUAUCUUCUUCCAGAUAGGAAAAAGAAAUUUCAGACCCGUGUACACAGAAAGACUUUAAAUCCUCUGUUUGAUGAAACUUUUCAAUUUCCAGUAGCAUAUGAUCAACUAAGCAACCGAAAACUCCAUUUCAGUGUAUAUGAUUUUGACAGAUUUUCUAGACAUGACAUGAUUGGCGAGGUGAUUCUGGAUAACUUGUUUGAAGUCUCUGAUCUCUCCAGGGAAGCCACAGUCUGGAAAGAUAUUCAUUGUGCUACCACAGAAAGCAUAGACCUGGGUGAAAUCAUGUUUUCCCUUUGUUAUUUGCCCACCGCUGGUCGUAUGACAUUGACCGUGAUCAAGUGCAGAAAUCUGAAGGCAAUGGAUAUCACCGGCUCAUCAGAUCCAUAUGUCAAAGUAUCACUGAUGUGUGAGGGUCGAAGACUGAAAAAGAGAAAAACAACUACAAAGAAAAACACUCUAAACCCUGUGUACAAUGAGGCUAUUAUUUUUGACAUCCCUCCGGAGAACGUGGACCAGGUCAGCCUCUCCAUUGCAGUCAUGGAUUAUGAUAGGGUGGGACACAACGAGGUCAUAGGAGUGUGUAGAACAGGACUGGACGCUGAGGGUCUUGGGAGAGACCACUGGAAUGAAAUGCUGGCUUAUCACCGAAAACCAAUAACACACUGGCACCCCUUGCUGGAGCUACCUGGCCGGGCAACCAGUUUUGAUAGUCAAGGAUCCUGCUCUUCUCCCAAACCACCUUCCACACCAUAAUGCCUCCAAAAUAAGACCCUUAUGAUAAGGACCUAAGAUGAUGUGCUUAUUGGAUCAGAAAAAAAGUGGAAGGUUUGAUUGAUUUCCUCAUUUAAGAUAUAUCCAUGUUAAUGAGCAAACUUGAUGUGUACUUUUUUUCAUUUACUUCUUUUCUGUUUUAUAACUUUGAACAUCUUAAUACGUUUUACUUGAAAACAAAUAGUCCUUAGUUAAAUAAGGCAUUUUAUCCUUCAUGUUAUAUGCCUAUUAGCACAAAGAGUGUUUUGAUAUGUUGUAAUCUUUGCAUAAGCAAAGAAAUACGUUUUUAAAAAUGAAUCCUCAUGUAUCUAAAAUUAAACAUAGUUCAUACUGCUGUUGUAUAAAGUAGUACAUGUCUCAUAAAUGUGGUUUUGAUUUUGUUCAACUGUGUUCCUUUCAUGUGUACAUGAUUCCACAUAACUUUUAAAUGGACAUUUUUAAACUUAAUGUACCCAGCAUUAAGUUCUUGCACAUUCAGAAUAGUAUCACUUAUUAGAAAACAGUUUUUUCUUUCAUUCUCAGCAAAUUACUUGUUGAAGUUUGGUUCUGCCAAACUGAAAAAUUUGUAGCUCAAGCUUGUUCUUUAAAACAUACAGAUAAAGCUGUAAAUUUAAAGAAUUUUGAAUAUAAACUCAAGAAAUGAUAUUUAGUAGCUGGAAAGUGGAGGUUGAGCCUUUUUGGCUACCAUUUUAUAAUGUCUUACUGUCACAUUAGUUCAAAGAUCUGUUGUACUGUUGAACUGAUACUUUUAAAAUUCUAAUAAUCUUAAUCUCAACUGUAGCAUUGGUAUUCCUAAGUGAAUAGCAUCAGUUCAUUUUUCAAGCAUUUGUAAGAUUUCAAGUACUGUGACAUGUAUUUCCUGUGUGUGACAUGAAGCUAUUAUGUAUAUCCAAUAUUUCUGAUAGAUCACACUAAUAGACACCAAAGGUUCAACAAACUGUCUGUGCUCAUUGUCAUUUAGAUUAUAUGCAGUAAUGGUGACUCUUAAACCCAAUCAGAAGCUCAUCAUCGGAAUUGGGUAUUUUCUUAAACAAAGCAUGACUUAUUUCUCAGCAAACUAUAGAAAAAUACCAUAGAGUGUAACUUCAACAUGUAGUAAAACAAAAAAUUUAUUCUAAAGGCCCAGACUCCAGUCCUUUUAUGAAAGGCAUUACCUUCACAAAGAUUAAGGACAGGCCACUAGAUGAAAAAACUAUGCAAAUACUUUUACAGGACAGAAAUUUCCUUUUCAUCAGGUCAACUUUUUUUUUUUUGUCUCAUUUCCAGGCCCCACUUGGAAGGUAUUGAAUUACCCAACCUUACUUUUGAGAUGUGGUGCACUACACAUAAUGCAUAUUUCAAGUUUAUCCAAAAUAGAGGUUAAAAAUAAAAGCAAGAAAAAUUAUGCUUGCAAUACAAAAACAAAUUCAUCAGGAUGAGAAAAUUUAUUUUCAUAAAAUACCUUAUAUAAAUAUUUUAAAAAAAAACAUAAAAUUUUACAAGCCUUGAAAUUUUGUUUGCUGGCUUCUUAUAAGUUGGAAUUAUGGUCAAUUAAGUUGUAAAUAUUUUUCAAAUUCACAUUUUAAAGAAAAAUACAGUCUGCCUAAAAUUUUUCAAAACUGCCUAUGUCACCUAACAAAUAAAAAAACAAGAAUUCCUACUUAAUAUUUUUUCAUUGAAGAAAAUAGAAAAAUCUAUUUCAAAAUACUUGGCCACCUUAUCAGGCCUAAAAGAACCACUUAUAGUCAGAAUGACUGAAGAAUUACAUCUGAAUUUUGGAACUCUUUUACUGAGAAAUAGAAAUUAUCCAAUGGAGGAUAUACUUUUAAUAUACUGACAUUUUUGUAGACAAUUAUUUUGUUAGAAGAUAUAGUUAUAGCCUAUAGUAUAUUAGCAGUCAUAUUUCCUUUGUGAGUGUGAUAUGUAUUUUCACCCAAAAACAUAUUUUAAGGACUUCUUAAUUCUUGAAAGCUUGUACUUUCCUUUGUUCCCUAAGGAGAAAAAGCCAAUGCUUAUGAUGAAAUAAAUGUGAACUCACAGCUAAUCAGGAGACUUUCAUAUGAGGGUUAUAGAUUAAAAUAAGUUUUUAAAGAAAUUUUUUUAAAAAAUUAAAACCUUUUUUCCGUAGGGAUUAGAAUAAACUCAUAAUGCCAGAGUACUUUGUUAACCCUAUGGAAGACACUGUGGGAAAGAAAUUCACAACUCUGCUUUCAUGUCACAUAUAAGGGAUGCUCACCACAAAUUGAUAGAGAAAAAGGAGAGUUAGGGUUCUGAAAAUGUAAUCUUACCACAUUUAGGACAACAAACCCUGUCCUCCAUAUCCAUACACACCUAACCUAUCUUCUUUCAGCUUGUGAUUUAAGAAUGAAAUACUUUUAGUUUCAGUAUUUGAAAUAAAGUUUGAUGUUAGAAAUAUCCUCCACUAAUUUGUGCAGGAUAAACUUUACUGUUAGUAUUGACACAUUAUGAAGUUGUACUUUACAUAUAUAUCAACUACCUAAUUUCAGGGACUUAUUCAGGGAUUUACCAAAAUAUGAGUCUAGGAAAAAGGUCAAGUAUUGACUCAUUAGCAUAACAUGCCAAUGUCCUUUUUAGUUAUUUGGGUUUUGUUUUUGUUUUUACCUGAUUCAUCAACAACCAAUCAGGGGAAACAGUAAAAUGAAUAAGAAAAAAAUAUCAAAGUUUGUAAAGUAUAUGUUUUUUUCCCCAUAAAACUGAAGAAUUGAUUCCUUUUUCUCACUAGUUUUCUAAUAAUAUUUUGCUUGGCAGUUUUAAUUUUCUAAACCAGGCCAUCCCUGUGUCUGGACUUUAUUUUAUGUGUAUUAAUGCACCACAGUUCAGCAACAUUAGGACUAGUGCCAGGGUGGAAUGGGGAUGCAGAGCCAAGCAUUCACCUUCUUGUGCAGUCUUGAGGAGUGUGUGCACGUUCUAGUUACUGCAGGGAGAUCACAACUGAUCAAUACUGACUCAGGUUUUAUAUUACAGCAAAUAUAUUUGGACCUAUUUGGUUGUGGUAUUUAAUUGACAUUUACAGCUAUGUUUAUUCUCCUAUAAUGUUUAUUAUUUUAAAACUUUGCAGCUCAAUAAAGAGCUACCAAUCUCUUAUAGUUUUCAUUUGAUGAUUAAUUACUUAAAAAAUGAAACAAACGGACUUGUAGCCCUGUUCCAAUUUUUACUAUCCAUUAAAAAAAAGGUAACUUAUUUCAGAACGAGUGCCCAAAAGAAUCAAAGACAAAGGGACACAUCUCAUUACUGAACACAUAGCAAUUUCUUUACCUUUUCAAAAAGGUUGCUUGCUAUCAUUUAAGAAUGUACAUUUUCAUAGAAUAGAGUUGGUUAGUUUUGUUGUUUGCUUUUGUUUCUUUGCCACAUAAGUUGUAACUAUACCCAGGUAACUCAAUUACCUGAUAAUUUAAAAAGAAAAAUGGGGUUGAUAAGAAUUAAAGAAAGUCAUUCAAUCUCUUAAACUAAAUUUGAAGAAAACAUGGGGAUCUGUUUCUUUUUCAUCUUGUUCUUCUAGCAGCUCCCUUUAAUCUGUGAUACUCUAAUUGAUCUUGACCUUUAUAAUCUAUAGGCUAAAAUGCACUGCUGUCAAGGAGAAAUGAGUCAAAAGACCUGGAAGUAUAUAAUAAAGUAGGCAUCUACAUAUUUAAAUGAGAGGUAAGCAAAGAUCUUUAGCCUAUGGAAAUAAAGAUAUUAAGAUAUAUAAAAACACUCCUUUGUAUUUUAACUUUAGUGGACAGAAAAAAAUUCCAUGACACAGCAUUUAAUAGUUACUCAGUGACAUGGCUCAGGAUAUGAUUCAUCUGAACCUGCUGUAAGGAUCUAUUAUUUAAAAGAAAAUGAUGAGUUUAUGUUUUUCAUAGGAAACAGGGAUAACUAAAAAAAAAUGCUGUUUCCAAUAUGUUAUUCAGUGUUACCCUUUUAGGUAAGAAUUUUCUCUCAUUAAGAUACUUCUGUAUUUAUUCAGUAUUCUGUUGAUUAAAAUAAAUUGUAAUUGAAUAAAAGAUGUAUUGAUCAUUAAUUACUUGUCAUCUGUCAUUAAUAGUAAACCAAAAAGAUGUGUAUUUGAACAGUGGCAUUUAACAUUUGGCUAAAGUAUAUUCUCUUCAAAGUAAAUGCUCAUUUUUACCAUGUUCAUUAUGAAACAAGAAACCAAAAUUUGAUUUGGUAGCCUGACAACAUCAGGCUACAGAGACUCAGAGUAAGGGCUGAGGUGGGAUUUAAUGAUUUAUUUAAUUCAAACACUUUGAAUAGUACAAACAGUGAUUGAAAAAUAAAUAGAUGUUUAAGAAAGAAAAAAGAGGCUUCUCAUGCCUGAGAUGAUUUGAAUAUACUCCUGCCAGGAAUAAUUGAUUAAAUCAAUUCUGUUUUUACCUAUACUAACACCAGAAAGGGUUUGUUAUUUAUAGAUACAUUUUAUUUGGAAAUAUUUCAAUCUCAAACCCAAAAUAAUUUCUUCUAUAAACUCACCUAGACCAUAAGAACCCUCCUCAAAGAUUUGAACUAUGCCUGACCUUAUUACCAGAGUGUAAAAAUAGGUCAUUUCUUCUGAAAUUUUGCUGAGUUGCACCUGCUGUGCACAGAGUUUAUUUACUGUACAAGAUGGUGAGUUUUACUCAAUUUCAUGUGUUUUUGUUCCCUCAAAAACAAAUUAUUGAAUAUUAGUGUAUAUCAUUUUGAAUCCAAAAUUGUCCUGUAAGCCUCAAGAUUGGAAGGUUAAAACAUUAGGUAUCUUUGUCACCUUUCUAAAUUGUUUUGUAUUCACCCCAUCUGAAUAACAUUAUAGAGACUGUUAUUUGGCUAUGAUUUUGCUUUAACAUAAAGUUGUGGACUCGAAAAUAACUAUGAUCUCUAAGAUCAUGUACAAACUGGUCAAAUAAUCAUUCUCUAUUGCAGACUGCAUAUUUUAUCCUAAUUAUAUUUAUGUAGAUCAUCUUAAUGGGUUCAUUAUAAUUUCUAUUGUUUUCUUUUAAAAUAUUCUUUAAGCUUUCCAUUUAAAGAACACAGUAGUCUCCAGUGUGAAGAGCUUCACAAACUCUAUUACUGAAUAAAUAAAAAGCAGGUAGAACAACUCUAAUAUAUAAAAUAUUUUCAUUUAUACCUUGUUUGAUAAACAAAAAGUCCAACACCCAAGUUGGUAUCAUUGGCAUAAGCUUAUUAUCAAUGUCUCCAACUAAGAGCAGUGAUUGACUUUAUCUGCAAAUGCAGAGAAAUUACAGACUGCAAUUAAGUGAAACCAUAAUUUCAGAAUGAAGAAUAAAGAAGUCAAAAUAGAAAGGAACUGCCUCAUGUUGUACUUGGGAUGACUCCACUCAUCCCUCUUCCCCCAAAAUGGAUAUUUAUCAAUUAUUCUAUACUGGCAGGAACUACUACAAUUCAUUUCACACAUCAAAUAAUUUAGAUCCAACAUAUCUGAUCUUUCUUUAUAUUCUUCAGUCAUUGUUCAUAAGUGACUUUUUAACUGAAGUUUGUGGUUUAAUACUUAGCCAUUGUUCAAAUCAGUAUCUUUGACUUCCAUAGUAUAGAACAAAAAUUUUAAAAUCUUUUGAAAUUCAUGUUUCUGGCUUUUGUACCUGGUAACCAGCCAUUUGUGAAACUUGACAGCAUAUAAUUGUAUAACUUAGAACAAAUGUUUUUGCAACCACCUUUAAAAGAUGUUACACACUGCAGUAUUUUUACAAUGUCUUCUUUGGAAUGUGUGAACAUAUUUGUCAGGUUCAGAUGAAUUACGUAACAAUGAAACCUCAAAGCUGUUAUGAAGUAUAGUUUGUGAUUUUUUUGUAACAGAAAAUGGAAAAGCACUUGAAAUAUAAUUUUAUUGUUUCAUAUGUAUUUUGAAAAAGAAAUAAAGUGAUUACAAAUUA